AUGAGCGCUGAUAACAAGAUGCCUUCGCCUCACCGAUUACUCAUUGUCGGUGCAGGGCUAACAGGGUCAGUUACAGCUUCCUUGCUGCGCAGAAAGUUUCCAAAGGAUGCGUUGAAUAUCACUUUCUGGGAGAAAUCUCGCGGAGCAGGGGGGAGAAUGAAUACCAACAGAAGCGCAAGUGAUUCACGCUGUACCGUGGAUCUUGGAGCACAAUAUGUAACAGCGACACCGGAUUAUUACAGAUCUCACAAGAGUUUCUAUCAGGAACUGAUAUCAGCAAAAGUAUUGGUGCCAUUUAAUGGAAUCAUAGAAGGAGAAAACAAAAAGGAAGGAAUGAAAAACUUUACAGCACCGUCAGGGAUGAAUUCCAUAGUCAAACAUUUUCUGAAUUCUUCAGAAUCCAGCGUUUUCUAUGAAACUCAUUGCACUGCAAUAAACAGAUUUGAAAACCCAGAAAACAUCAGUCAAAGCGCAAAACUCUGGUUAGUGACCGACCUCAAGGACAACACAAGUGAAUUCGAUUCCGUUAUUGUAACGAUUCCUACACCACAACUUUUAAAUCUGAAAGGUUCCAUUCAAGAUUUCCUCGAGAGCCAACGCUCACUCCUGGAAGCCGUACAGUAUUCUUCGCGGUAUGCCGUAGCCAUGUAUUUUGAACAAGGAGUCAAAAUUGACGUGCCGUGGUGUUCCAAGUAUGUAACGGGCAGUCCGUGUGUACGGUUUUUAUCGGUGGAUUCGAGGAAAAGAUUUGGGAAAGAUCCCGAAGACAUCGGCCCAUCUCUCCUUGCACACACAAGCGUGCCAUUUGGAAUAGAACAUUUAGAGAUGGACAUGAAUGAUGUUAAAGAGAUUAUCAUAUCACACGUGAAACAAAUACUUCCCGACCUUCCAGAACCCGUGAACAGUCGCUGUUUAAGAUGGCGGUAUUCUCAAGUGUCACGCGGUGUUGAUGGUUCUCCCGGAUGCAUUGCGUUGUGUAACUCUCCGCUUCUGGUUGCUUGCGGUGAUGCGUUCUCUCAUUCGAAUUUCGAUGGUUGUAUAGACUCAGCUAUGUCUGUAGUGGACACAUUUUGCAAAAUAACAUCCGUUAGCAACCUGUAGGUUUUUGCAAGGUGGUGGAUAGGUCAUGCUUUGCGCGUGACGUGCAGAAUUUUCGUCAAAUAGUCACGUAACGUUCCUUUCUCCUUCCUCGGACAUAAGCGUAACCUGAGAAAUCAAUGACGAUUUCG